AUGUCGCAGUCCCCAAGAGAGCCCGAGGAGGUCGACGCGACGGCCACUCAAUCGCCCAACGACGAUGCCCCCCAGCAGCCGCUCGACGACCAGAACGAAGGCGAUAUGAACCGAGUCGAGGACAUCGGCUAUGACUUCGAGGUCAAGGAGCAGGACCGUUGGCUACCAAUCGCAAAUGUCGCCAGGAUCAUGAAGACGGCACUCCCCGAGAAUGCCAAAAUCGCAAAGGAGGCCAAGGAGUGCAUGCAGGAGUGCGUGAGCGAGUUCAUAUCGUUCAUCACCAGCGAAGCAUCGGAGAAAUGUCAGCAAGAGAAGCGCAAGACCGUCAAUGGCGAGGACAUCCUGUUCGCCAUGACUUCGCUCGGCUUCGAGAACUACGGCGAAGCACUGAAGAUCUACUUGGCGAGAUACCGAGAGAAUCUUGUCGCACGUGGUGAACAUCAGAAGCCAGUGGCUGGAGGCAGCGGCGGCAACGCGACCACCUCACCAUCCUACGACACCAACCACAACGCUCUCAACAUGGAUCCGUCUGGAGAGGGCGCUGCCGACUUUGGCUACGGCGCGCCUGGUCAAGGCGACUAUUAG